UCGUUAAAAUUCUUUAAAAAAGAAAAUAAAAGAAAAAAGCAGGUGAUGUUAAAUAACGGUUAAUCAAUGUAUAAUUGCAGUCAAUUAUUGUUAAUUAUAUUUGCUAAUUACACGGAGGUUGUUAGUCCCAUAACUUCCACCAUAACUUCCACUCUCCAUUAUCUCUCUCUGUCACCCACACAAAACACAGAGAGCUAAACAUCCUAUUUUUGUUAAGGUUUAUUUCUACACACAUUCAAUUCAUUGUCUCUCUCUUUUAACUCACAAGUCACAACAACUUCAAUUUUCCCUCCAUAUUCUCAACUAUAUUAUCUCUUACGGUUUCGAUUCUUGGCAGAUUAAUAGUAUCCAAUUCCAAUUAAUGGCGUUGAGCUACUACAACUCCAACUGGGACUCCUUUGCGCUGGCGGAAUUAGGUGUUGAUCUCUUCAACCCCGACGACUACUUGGUGGACCCCAUCGACGCCUUCUGCAAUUCUCUCCUCUCCGACGACUUACCUUUCGCCGAUGAUGGAAUUCCCUUCGACUUCGAUCAUCUCAACUCCAACUACUUCCAAUAUAACAAUGAGCCCUUUCCCCAUUUCCCCAAACGCUGCGAUUCCCACCCAUUCUACCAAGAUUACUCCAUCCCGGAAUUUGUGCUUCCUCCGCCGCCACCGCUGCCAGCGUUUCCGGCGCCGGGCUUCAUCAUGGGGAGCUGCGAGGGCGUGAGGAUGAAAGAGGAGAGCUCGUCAGCGCAGAGCGUCGCCGCGAGGCAGAGGCGGCGGAGGAUCACGGCGAAGACUCAGGAGCUCGGGAAGCUGCUUCCCGGCGGCCAGAAGAUGAACACGGCGGAGAUGCUGCAUUCCGCCUACAAAUACAUCAAAUUCUUGCAAGCCCAAGUUGGACUACUCGAAUUCCUCAAGGUCAACGAAGAGGAAGCAUCAGUUGAAGGUGAACAAGUGUUCCAGAAUCUUCUAGAAUCUCCAUUGAUUCAAGAGAAGCUCUACUCCACCGAGCAUUGCCUGAUUCCUCAGAAGCUGGUGGAAAAUUAUCCAAUCAUUGAUUUUAGCAAGCAAGCAAGCGGUUAUGAUUAACCGUUUCAUUUUUAAAUUUGUUUUAGUUUAGGCUAAUCUUGAUUAAUGUUUUUAUUGUUUUAAGGCAACCUCUUCUUGCCUGCCUUAUGUUUAGUUCAUUACAAAUUGGAGUUGGGAGUUGGGUUAAUUAGGCUCUUUAUUUCAGGAAAAAAUGCUGUAUUUUUUCUUACGGUAAGUUCUCCUGAUCCUAACCUUAUUGACAAAUAAUGAGCAUUGAUUUAUUUGAUUAUUGAGUAA